AUGGCCCGGGGCGAGGCCCCCCCGCUUCGCCUGAGCCUGGCCCCGCCGCCCGGCCCCGGGCCGGGGGAUGCCCCCCAGCCCGAGCUGGUGGCGCUCACGGCGGUGCAGAGCGAGCAGGGCGAGGCGGGGGCGGGAUCCCCGCGCCGCCUGGGGCUCCUAGGCAGCCCCCUGCCUCCGCAGCCGGGGCCCGGCUCCGGCUCCGGCUCCGCCUCGGGCUGCGGCCAGCGCUCCACCGCUGCCCAAAAGCGCUAUCGCCGUCUGCAGAACUGGGUCUACAACGUGCUCGAACGACCCCGCGGCUGGGCCUUCACCUACCACGUCUUCAUAUUCUUGCUGGUCUUUAGCUGUCUGGUACUGUCAGUGUUGUCCACCAUUCAGGAGCACCAGGAGCUUGCCAAUGAAUGUCUCCUAAUCUUGGAGUUUGUGAUGAUUGUGGUGUUUGGCAUGGAGUACAUCAUUCGUGUCUGGUCUGCCGGCUGCUGCUGCCGCUACAGGGGCUGGCAGGGGCGCUUCCGAUUCGCCCGGAAACCGUUCUGCGUCAUCGACUUCAUCGUGUUUGUGGCCUCGCUGGCGGUCAUUGCGGCUGGUACCCAGGGGAACAUCUUUGCCACAUCUGCCCUGCGGAGCAUGCGCUUCCUGCAGAUUCUGCGCAUGGUGCGCAUGGACCGCCGUGGAGGGACCUGGAAGCUGCUGGGCUCUGUGGUCUAUGCGCACAGCAAGGAGCUGAUCACCGCCUGGUACAUUGGUUUCCUGGUCCUCAUCUUCGCCUCCUUCCUUGUCUACCUGGCGGAGAAGGACGCCAACUCUGACUUCUCCUCCUAUGCAGAUUCCCUAUGGUGGGGCACGAUCACACUGACCACCAUUGGCUAUGGGGACAAGACCCCCCAUACAUGGCUGGGCCGGGUCCUGGCAGCCGGCUUUGCCUUACUGGGCAUUUCCUUCUUCGCCUUGCCUGCUGGCAUUCUGGGUUCUGGCUUUGCUCUAAAGGUUCAGGAACAGCAUCGCCAGAAGCACUUUGAGAAGCGCAGGAUGCCAGCAGCCAACCUCAUCCAGGCUGCCUGGCGUCUCUACUCCACUGACACGAGCCGAGCCUACCUGACAGCCACCUGGUACUACUAUGACAGUAUCCUACCAUCUUUCAGAGAACUGGUAAUAUUAUUUGAGCACGUGCGGCGGGCCCGUAAUGGGGGCCUGUGGCCCGUGGAGGUGCGGAGGCCACCCGCGCCCACUGGAGCACCUUCCCGCUAUCAGACCUUCGCCACCUGCCACCGGCCGGGCAGUGCUUCCUAUUGCCCUGGGGAAAGCACUAAGAUGGGCAUCAAGGACCGUAUCCGAAUGAACAGUGCCCAGCGCCAGUGCGGAAAGACUAAGCAGCACCUGGCCCCACCACCCCGAACCUCCCCAGGAAGCGAGAGUGAGAAUGUGAGUGUUGGAGAGCCCACCAGCCCCACUAAAGUCCAGAAGAGCUGGAGCUUCAAUGACCGGACCCGUUUCCGGGCAUCACUGAGGCUCAAGACCCGGGCAUCAGCAGAGGAGGGCCCCUCCGAAGAUGUGACAGAGGAGAAGGGUUACCAGUGUGAGCUCACUGUGGAUGAUGUUAUACCUGCCAUCAAGACGGUGAUCCGUUCUGUCCGGAUCCUGAAAUUCUUGGUAGCCAAGAGGAAGUUCAAGGAGACUCUCAGGCCCUACGACGUGAAGGACGUUAUCGAGCAGUACUCAGCUGGCCACCUUGACAUGCUGGGCAGGAUCAAGAGUCUGCAGGCCCGUGUGGACCAGAUCGUGGGCCGGGGGAGUGGGGAUCGUGCGGACCGAAGGUCCCGAGAGAAGGUAGAAAAGGUUCCUUCGGAUGCCGGAGAAGCCGGGGACGAGGUCAGCAUGCUGGGCCGAGUGGUCAAGGUGGAGAAGCAGGUGCAGUCCAUUGAGCACAAGCUGGACCUCCUCCUGGGUUUCUACUCCCGGUGCUUGCGGGCGGGAGCAGCUUCAUCUGCCAGCUUGGGCACAGUACAGGUGCCCCUCUUCGAUCCAGACAUCACGUCGGACUACCACAGCCCCGCAGACGCCGAGGACAUCUCUGUGUCCGCGCAGACACUCAGCAUCUCUCGAUCCGCCAGCGCCAAUAUGGACUGAGGGAGGCGCCCCACUCUCCCAGGGACCGGCCCUGGACUGGCCACCCAGCCUGGCACGGGCCCAGCAGGUCCCCAGGCCUCACCUGCCUGCCUGCCUGCCUGCCCUCCUGCCAUCCGAUCUUACUUGAACAGGCCUUCCUUCCUGAGACUCUCCUACCAUGCACUAUUGAGCUGCCAGGAUGGGGGAGGCACCCACAGCAGGCAUCUCGUGGGCAUCAAAGUGUCCCAGGCUGGGCAACCUCCAUCACCCUUUUGUCCCCGAUUCCAGAUGCUGGGCCCACCUCUGGUCAUGUAGCCAGGCAGACAGGCCCUGUCAGCUUUGCCAAGGGGGCCCCUGAGACUAUAGAGGGCCAUCCCAGGACCUGUGACUCUAGUGCCCAAUGGGAGGUAUGAGGGGUGAGCCCUUCCCCUCCCCUCCCAACAGCCAUGUGGCACCAUGGGCUCCCCAGACACCUUGGUCCCAGAACAGGGAUCGCUCUAACAGCUAUGCAAGACUGGUUCUCUCUCAUACCCCUCCCUGGAGGGGUGAGUUCUCCUGGGGAAGGCCCUGGCACUGUCAGGAAUGCUGACACCCUCCCUUCCUACACCUCUGGGGUCCUCUUCAGGCCCCACCUCAAAGCACAGUGAUCCCACCCCAGCAGGUGGGCACCAUAUAUGCAAACCACAUUAAAUAUGCAACUUUCCAGGCUGGACAGGGUCCCUUGGGGGCCGUGACCCACUCCCAGUCCAAGCUGGUCUCAGGCUGCCUCAGGCUCUGUGCAGCCCCACUGGGCUGGGGCCUUGGGUACCUGCUAGCAUGGUCAGCACCUCUCCUUCCCCACUGGGGCACAAGAAUGGGUGGGGGCCUUAUGGGCUGAGCCCCAGCCCUUCACCUCUCCUCCAGGACUCUUUUCAUGGGCAGUCAGCUCCCCAAUUGUCAGGGGAAGGGCAGCCCCCUCCCAAAACAAAACAAAAUCAAAAACACAUAUUGACUCCCUUCCCACCCACAGUUUCUCCCAGAAGCCCUGACCUUGGACAACUUUGAAACUGUAGGAUGUUUGCUGUCCCAGGGAAGUAACCUCACUGAGCCCUGUAGGGGCCCAGGGAGGGUGCAGACUCUGAAUGGAACCUACCUGAUCCCCAUAUCCCUACACCUGGUCCCUGUUUGGUAGGUGUGAAGAAGAGCCACCUCCUUCCCAACCAGGAUACUGUUUUCUUAAGGAAUUGUCUCUGCUAGUAUCCUCUGUACCCCUAGCCCCAGAGUAAAGAGGGGCAGCUUGGCCCAAGGACCCCAGCAAAAGGGUGGGCAGCACAGAGAGAGAAGCCUCAGGCCCCUACCCAGAGAACCACUCACAGCACACUCACACUCCCACUCUGAAUGCAAGAAAGCCCCGCUCCACUGCCUAGGGUUCGCCCUCCAGCUAUCACCGCCUCCCUGGCAUGUGCACAUUCUCUGACCCCUUGGAAACAUAACUUCAUAGAUUUCCCCCAUCACACACACACACACACACACACACACACACACACACCCUACAAAGUGGGGGGGGGAGGGAGACAGGGUCCCCCUACUUCUCCUAGGAGGGCAGUGCCUGGUGCCUGCUCUGUGCCAGGGAAGGACUUUGCAUCUCACACUCAAGAGCCCUGCAUGCACCCCUUCUUGGGAUGGGGGGCAUAGCUCCCCUCCCCCUGCUGCACUCCCUCCCACCCCCACCCCCUGCAUGCCCUCUGCAUGUGUUGCUGACCUUUGCACCAAGAGCCUGCCUACCUCUGGCCCCUCCAUGCCCUCCUCUGCACUGACCCCCAGAAAUCCUCCCUUGACCCAGAGAUGGAGCUGGAGCUGAGACCCUCAGACCAAAUGAGAGCCCAGAGUAGUCAGUCCCCUUCCUCCCAUCCCCCACCGCGAUCGAGGUUUCCCCCACUGACCUGGUUCUCAGACAUGCAAGUACCUCACUUUGUUAACUUCAUUAACUUAUUGGUUUCAUUAAAGUUUUCAGUAGAAGGUG